GAUUAGUCCUGGGCUUUGCCUGGGGACACCUUGGGAAACCUAAAAAUCAACCGUCCUCCUACAAUUCAACUCUUUCUCUCUCCCUCUCUAAAAUCCCCAAGACAGAAUUCGAUUCAUUGUCGAACGACUAAAACCAGAGCUUCGUCGUCUUCAUCCAAACCUCAUAUUCGCACGCGCAACCCAAUCCCCGCAACCAAGCACCCCCACUCACACAAAGCCAGGGAUACAUGGCUUCUUCUACCUUCAGCGGCGACGAAACCGCUCCCUUCUUCGGCUUCCUCGGCGCCGCCGCAGCCCUCGUCUUCUCCUGCAUGGGCGCCGCCUAUGGGACGGCGAAGAGCGGCGUGGGCGUGGCCUCCAUGGGAGUGAUGCGGCCGGAGCUCGUGAUGAAAUCGAUCGUUCCGGUGGUUAUGGCUGGAGUGCUCGGGAUCUAUGGGCUUAUCAUAGCUGUGAUUAUUAGUACCGGGAUCAACCCAAAGGCCAAAUCCUAUUAUCUGUUUGAUGGGUAUGCUCACUUGUCAUCUGGCCUUGCUUGCGGUCUGGCCGGCCUCUCCGCCGGAAUGGCGAUUGGGAUCGUCGGUGACGCCGGUGUCCGGGCUAAUGCACAGCAGCCAAAGCUCUUUGUUGGUAUGAUUCUUAUCCUCAUCUUUGCAGAAGCUCUUGCCUUGUACGGUCUGAUCGUGGGGAUCAUCCUCUCAUCCCGAUCAGGCCAAUCUCGUGCGGAUUAAGGAAGGCAAGUUUGUUGCUCCUCUAUAUUAUUUGAAGAUCGUAUUAUUUUGAUUCCUUUAAGAUGGUGCUAUCACUAUAAAACUUGGUUAAUUUUUAGUUAGAAGUACAUUAUUUAAACUGCACCAUGCUUGUAGUUAUGAAGAAACAAUUGUUCCGAAUGUUAAUUUUCUCCUUCCUCAUAUAAGGACAGAUUAGUUAAUGAAAACUUCACCCUGCUGAAGACGUUUGGUGUUUUUCAAUAUUUUGCUUUUGUAAGUGGCUAAUUGAAUAGUUGUUUGCUCAA